AUGUUUGGUCGAUUUGCAUCGCCACUUGCACGGCAAGUCCAAAACGGCCGCACCAGACUUCCUGCGGCUGCUGCUCGGCUGCAGGCGCGGGCUCUGGGCACCACGAUGCCAUCGAUGAUCCGGAUCAGAAAGUCGUCCGAGAGUGUGCCUGAGCCGGCAAAGAAGCCCGAGGAGACUGAACCAAAGCCCAUCAGCGCCGAGGAACCCGCUGUGGAAACUGGAGCCCCCAAGGCAGAAGCCGAAGCCCCCACCAAAUCUGCUGCCUCGCCGUUCGGAUUUGCAUCGACGGGCGGUGGCAUGGCAAGUGGCAUCCUGGGCAACGAGACUGGCGAGCCAGUCGGCAAUGAGGGACACGACCAGUCGAGGGAUGGCAUGACCGCAGCAGAGGCCAGGCGUGCGCGUCGGCAGCGUGCCGAUCUGCCGCCGCUGGAGGAUGAGCCGCGUGUCAAGGCGGCCAAGUAUGCUGGAACCGGACUGGCGAUCGGCCUGGUUAUCGGCGCGGUCGGCUACUUUGGCCGUCCGUAUACGUCCGAGGAGAUUGAGAAGGGUCUUUCGGACAACGCCGAGCAGAACUUUGCCCUGCAGCUGUGGCACCGUGUGUUAAAGCGCGGCAGUGCGUCGUUCUCGUUCCUGUCAGAUCCGGUGUCGGAGAAGCUGCUGCCGGAGCCGGCUGACUACAUGCCCCCGUAUACGCUGGAGAGCGGCUGGCGGAUCGCCAAGCGGCCUGGACUCGACCACUUUUUGGCGUACAUGGCGAGCAUGUACGAGCUGGUGAUCUUCUCGACGCAGCCCUCCCACUCAGGCGAGCUGGUGAUGUCCCGGCUGGACCCCCUCGGUUAUGCGCCGUACCGGCUAUACCGCGAGCACAUGCGCAACAUCGACGGCAAGAACUACAAGGAUCUGUCGGCCCUAAACCGCGACAUGUCCAAGGUGAUCAUGAUUGACAUUGACCCUGAGGCCUUUGAGCUGCAGCCGGAGAGCGACAAUUGGAUUGAGCAGAUGACGCAGUUCCUCGAGUAUGUCAGCAUGAUGGAGCCCAAGGACGUGCGGCCCUGGCUCAAGACAUACAAGGGCAUGGACGGCGCGCUCGAGUUCAGCAAAUGGCAGGACUCGAUCCGCAAGCAGCUGGUCGAUGAGUGGGAGGAGAAGCGCAAGAACGCCAACAGCUGGAAGGCAGCUGUGUUUGGCGGCGGACCCGCCGAUAUGGACCACCCGCCCGAGCCCGAGUUCGACCGGGUGCGCAAACUGAUGCGCGAGAACUUUGAGGCCCACCACAAGGAGAUGCUCGUGUCGAUCGAGAAGGAGCGCCAGCAGUACGAGGAGGAGAUGAAGCAGCAAAUGAAGGACAUGACAAUCUGGAAGAUGCUCAAGGAAGGAUUCUCUCAAGGCCAGCCGGCGCCGGCCGAUGCCCCUGCUCCCAAGCAGUGA